UUACAAAUUAUACACUAAAACACGUGUGAAUGUAUAUAUAAGCAGCUGCAAGCAACCCUAACAACUAAAUCCCUCUCACUUGAAAAUAUCUAAAAAAAAUGGACCUAUUGGAGAAGGCAAAGAACUUCGUUUCCGACAAGAUCGCGAAUGUUCCGGUCCCUGAGGCAACGAUCGCGGACGUGGACCUAAAAGGCUUCGGCCUCGACGGCAUCACCCUCCUCUCGAAGGUGUCCGUGUCCAACCCGUACGGCGUGCCCAUCCCGAUCGGGGAGAUCGUGUACACGGUGAAGAGCAAGGAGAGGGUGAUCGCCUCCGGCACCAUCCCGGACCCGGGGUCCCUCAAGGCCAGCGCGUCCACGCAGCUCGACGUCACCGUCAAGGUCCCGCACAGCGCCGCAAUCAGCCUGAUCCGCGACAUCAGCGGCGACUGGGAUAUUGACUACUGCUUGGAGCUGGGGCUCAUCAUCGACCUCCCCGUCGUCGGGAGCUUCACGAUCCCGAUGUCAUAUGACGGGGAGAUGAAGCUGCCUACCGUCUCCGACUUGUUCUUUGGGUCGUCGGGUGAAACUGUCGAUAAAGUUGAAGUCAAGUAAUUGACAAUGUUUUCUUUGUUUUGUUGCUAUGGAUUUGUUUUAUGUGAUUUCGUUCCUAUCCAACUUUAUUGUUGUUUUUAUUUACCGACUUUGUUAGGUGGUUUGAAUUCACCUAUUUGCGCUUCCAAUCACAUGUUUGAUUCCUAUUUAUCUAGUUGUUCAUGAUUAAA